AGGCCUGGUAGGCAACGCGCAGGGGCAGCAAGAUGGCCCUGAGCUCCUGGUCCCCAGAGCUGGGGUUCAGCCAGAAGGUGCUGCUGCAGGCAGCAGCCGUCUCCACCGGCCCCUCCCUGGAAUUAUGCACCUUCCCCUCCUCCCUGGGCUCCUCGGUCGCGACCGCUGCGCUGGAGCAGCUCUUUGUUGUGGAACAAUCACUGCAAAGUGACUAUUUUAAAUGCAACGAAGAAGCUAGGACCUUUCUUAAGGACAUUGCUAUCGCUGUUAAGAAAUUGGAAGAAAUGAGAAAAGCCACAAUUGAUCUCCUGGAAAUUGAAAGCAUGGAACUCAGCAGACUAUAUUUCCUACUGGAAACUCUUCCCAAUAGCAUUGGCAGGGAAUUGGAAGAAUGUGUCAGAGAUGCCCGCAGAUUAAAUCUUUUUGAGAUAAAUCAAUUACAAAUGGACGUUACAAGGAUGAAUAAUGAAAUGGAGUUCCUGAAGAAGAAAAUACUUGAUCUGCAAAAAAUUAAUGAAAUUCUAGGUGAGCAGCAAGAGGAGCUGGUGAGGAGGCACGAAAAGUUGGUGCUGUCACUCAACCACACGAUGGAAGAAAAAGCUGCUGUCACUGUUUACAUCAAUGAGACUUACACCAAAAUAAACUCGGAGAAAAAAGAGUUAGAAUUCCAAAACCAACGUCUCAAAGAAAUACAGGAACAAAUGGAAAAAGAAAAAGCGAAAUAUUUGACAAGAAAACAAAAAUUGAAUCAAGAGAUUGAGGAAUAUAAAAAACUCUGUGACUUGAAGAGAAAGGAUACUUAUCAAAAGAAGAAAGAAUUGAAUACAUUAAAACUUAAAAUGUCAAAAAUGAGAGAAACAGUUAGUACCAGCACAGUGGUUCUUAGUGAUCACAAUUUAGAGAUAGCACAACUACAAGAAUCAAUAAGGCAUUGGGAACAAGAGGUUGAAGAAAUGAAGAAAUCCUGUAAGAUCCUGGAGGAUAAAAUGCAUUUUUUUAUGAAUAACAAGGAAAAACUGGAAGAUUCAUCUAGUGUUGAAAAAGAUGAAAUUUUGCAGAAGAUAAAGCAGAUGGCUGAAAAACUACACAAAAAUCAUUUAGAGAGCAAAGAUCUACGGGAGAAAUUGCAUAGUCUUACCAGACAAUAUAAGAUUGUCUUAAGUGAGGAGGAGAAAGUUUUUAUACAGAAACAGAACACUUAUAAUGAGAAUCAGAAACAAAUGGCAUUUAUUAGUCGGAAAGAAAACUUCCUAUCGCAAAGAAAAGUAGACAUCAAAAAUAUGGAGGAAGGACUUGUCACUCUCCAGGAACUUCAUCAAGCAACAAAGGAAGUAUAUCGGAGACAAAUAAAAAUCCUGAAUGACAACCGGGAAAGAGAAAGUCAGAGACGCGUCAUAACUCAGUGGAAAAUUGCUUGUUCACGAAAAAAACAUGCAUGUUUGAAAAAGAAGCUGGAGUCUGAAGUACAAGAAAUUUUAGAGGAAGUACAGACUGCUGAAUCUAGAUGUAUCAAACUAUUGCAAGAGACCAAUUUUAGACAAAAAGAGAUCACUGAGUUUUUGGCAGAGACUGAAAAACUUACAUUAGAAUUAAAACAAGUGGAGGAAGAAUUUAUUGUCAAAGAAAAAAAGUUAGUUCAAGAGUUGAGCAAGUAUGAGCUAAGAUUCGCUAGGGAAACGCAAAGUAACAGAGUAAAGGAAGAUGAACUAGUCGAGCGUCUUCCGCAACUUCAAGUGGCAGAAGAAGAAUAUAUGAGCAAAGCUGGAAAACUGGAAGAGCUCAUUCAUUUUAUUACAGCACAAAAGCAGGAGCAGAAUUUACUGAACGAUUACAUUUCUCAAAUGGCAAGAGACUUUUCAAGAUUUUUCAGCAACUCGGAAAAAGUGAAGAAAGAACUCAAAUACUUACGAGACCAAGAAAGCCAUAAGAUCAAAAGUCAUUUUGAAACUCUCAAGAACUUAGAAAAUGAAAUCUAUGUACAUGACUUAAAAGUAGAUGCUUUGCUCCUGGAAAAUGAAAAAUUAAGAAAAUAUAUUGCAUAUAUGAAGAACAACAUAGAGCUAUACAAAAAAAGAGAAGAAGACCUCAAGUGCGCGUCAGGUGACCUGUGUUGGCAACUGACAGCUCAUCAGAGGAAGUAUUUGGAUUUGUGGGCUGAAUUUCAGACUACAGUUAAGGAACUGGUAAACAGUGGUGGUGAGACUUUGCAAGGAAUAAAAAAGCUAACAGAGAGGCUGCAGGAAAGGGAUGAAAACAUUGAGCGUAUCAGCAUUUGGCUACAAGGGUAUCUUGAAGAGCUGCGUUUUCUUAUGGAGCAGGAAUUGAAAACAGACCUCCAUAAAAAGAAGAAACACGUUCAUAUCAAAAAAGUCCACCCCCCCGUGGUUGAAUGUACCAUGAAAAAUGCAUUAACAGAGAAAAAAUAACAUAAUAACUUCAAAGAUACAACUGCUGUGAAUUCAGAAGGCACAAA